AGUUUUGUUUAGUCACCCGAAAUUUAAAAUUCUUAAAAAUGGAUUAUCAGGAAUACCUCUCAAAGCAGUUGACCAUCUUCCACUUCCACCUCCAUUCCGACUUUGGCAUACUUAUCAAGGUGGCCACGUGCGUUGCCUUCGGCGCAGUGUGCGGCUGGAUAAUGAGUCUGCUCACGUUUAUCGUCUACAAAGUGGCCGUGUGCCUUGGAGUCCAGCCCAUGGAGCUUAGCACCCUCAUGGAAGACGACAUUGACCUGGAUAUGGAUGUGGAGGAUGGGAACGACCAGCCGCUGCAUCGAAGCCAAGACAUCGGAGAUUGGCUCCUGACAAUGAGGCCGCCGCCACGUCAGCCACUCGAUGUGUAGAGAAGGAAUCCGUAUCCGACUCCCGUAGCAAAGCCCUCCUUGAAGUUAUUGGGACAUUUGUCUCUCGCUGCUGUCAUGGCCUUAAAUUCAAUUCCUCCACACGCCGGCACUUCACGCAUUAAUGCGAGUGUGUUUGCUCUGAACUGCGCCUCGGGCUCAAAAUAUUUAAUAAACCAUAUCGUUUCUUUUUGGGAAAA